GAAAGUGUUUGAAAGUUUUUGAAAGAGGUUGUGUGUUACGAUAAAAUAAAGUGAAUAAGUUCGGAAGUCUUCUGUACAUUAUAAAUUUAAGUACAUACGCUAUCUAUAUAUACAAAGUAUUUUUUAAAUAAGAUAAAAAAAAAGACGCAAAAUGAGAGAAAUCGUUCAUAUUCAAGCCGGUCAAUGCGGAAACCAAAUUGGAGCUAAGUUUUGGGAAAUUAUUUCCGAUGAACAUGGCAUUGAUGCCACUGGUGCUUAUCAUGGCGACAGCGAUUUGCAGUUAGAACGCAUUAAUGUUUAUUACAAUGAAGCCUCGGGCGGCAAAUAUGUACCCCGUGCCGUUUUAGUCGAUUUGGAACCCGGUACCAUGGACUCUGUGAGAUCAGGACCAUUUGGACAAAUUUUCCGCCCUGAUAAUUUCGUAUUCGGUCAAUCAGGUGCCGGUAACAAUUGGGCUAAAGGCCAUUAUACAGAAGGUGCAGAGUUGGUUGACUCUGUGUUGGAUGUUGUGAGGAAAGAGGCUGAAUCUUGCGAUUGUUUGCAAGGUUUCCAAUUGACACAUUCACUUGGCGGUGGCACUGGCUCUGGUAUGGGUACAUUGCUUAUUUCGAAAAUCCGCGAAGAAUAUCCCGACAGAAUAAUGAAUACCUAUUCAGUGGUACCAUCACCUAAGGUAUCGGACACAGUUGUAGAACCCUAUAAUGCCACAUUGUCUGUUCAUCAACUCGUUGAGAAUACAGACGAAACUUAUUGCAUUGAUAACGAGGCCCUGUACGAUAUUUGCUUCCGCACUUUGAAACUAACCACACCCACUUAUGGUGAUUUGAACCAUUUGGUAUCGUUGACCAUGUCUGGUGUUACAACCUGCCUGCGUUUCCCUGGUCAAUUGAAUGCCGAUCUCCGUAAAUUAGCGGUUAAUAUGGUUCCAUUCCCACGUCUUCACUUUUUCAUGCCUGGCUUUGCUCCAUUAACUUCAAGAGGUUCGCAACAGUAUCGCGCCCUGACAGUACCCGAACUUACUCAACAAAUGUUCGAUGCUAAGAACAUGAUGGCUGCCUGUGAUCCCCGUCAUGGCCGUUACUUGACUGUCGCUGCGAUUUUCCGCGGUCGCAUGUCCAUGAAAGAAGUUGAUGAGCAAAUGCUAAAUAUUCAAAAUAAGAACAGUUCAUAUUUCGUCGAAUGGAUUCCAAACAAUGUUAAGACAGCCGUUUGCGACAUUCCACCACGAGGUUUGAAAAUGUCAGCCACCUUUAUUGGCAAUUCCACUGCCAUUCAAGAACUGUUCAAACGUAUCUCUGAGCAAUUUACCGCUAUGUUCCGCCGAAAAGCUUUCUUGCAUUGGUACACCGGUGAGGGUAUGGACGAAAUGGAAUUCACCGAAGCCGAAAGCAACAUGAACGAUUUGGUCUCCGAAUAUCAACAAUACCAAGAGGCCACUGCCGAUGAAGAUGCCGAAUUUGAAGAGGAACAAGAGGCUGAAGUUGAAGAGAACUAAAUUUGUUUUCUUAAUUUUUUUCUUCAUCGAAAACGAAAAAAAAGGCUAACAAAACAAAAA